GUCCGAAAGAGUUUUGUGAUCAAUUCAGCUAAAUAACGUGAAAGGAUAAUGUUAAGUUUAGGUGUUCUUAAAUGAUGGAUGUUACAAUUUCUAUCUAGAGUGACAUUAAUAAUGUAAAAUUUUUCGAACUCCUUAACCAAAUGAUUCAGGGAACAUGUCGUUUAUGGAACAUAUGCAUAUCUGCCUUAGUCUUCCUCUCACUGUACAAUAUCCUAAUAACCUUCAAACUUCUCUACACGCCGGAUUGCAUACAGAGCAGUUCUCCUGUACAAAGGCCAAGCAUCAGAAUCAUCGAAAAACCGUGCGAAUCAGAUUUGGAACAAACCGUUAACGGACCGUUCCCUAAUCUGGACUUAAAGCUGGGCAGAUGGGAUACGCGCCACCAGUACAAAUUGUUCGAUCACAUCCUCACGGGAGGAAAGUUCACCACCAUCAGUGAUUUAUUUCAAACAUGUCUGGCUACACAAAGUUCCUUGGAAAAAUUGGCUUCGAUCAUAGAAGUUUCGAAUCACUGGAAUGGGCCUAUAUCACUAGCCACAUUCGCGGGAAACGAAGACGAGUUAAAUCUACUCCUCCUAUAUAUUUUAUAUUUAAGAAAAUGUGAUUCUAAAAUUAAAGACAAGGUCUCGUUUCAUUUAGCACUCCCGAAGGAGCGCAGGCCAAAGAAGUAUCAAAUUGAUUUUGAGCGACUGGACCAAAUGGACUGCGACAAUCCCGUCGGACAUCUUCAACAACUGGUUAGGGAGAUGCAAAAGAAGAACGGGGUGUGGCGCAUGAAGAUGCCCUAUCCUCAAAACCUUAUGAGGAAUUUGGCACGAAAGAACUGUCAGAGUAAAUAUGUCUUCCUAACAGAUGUUGAUAUAAUACCCAGCAGGGGAAUGGCAGAAAAUCUGGAUGUAUUCCUGUUGAAUGCCAAAUGUAAGAGACAAUGUGCGUACGUCAUACCCACGUACGAAAUCGACGAGAGAGUUCGCUUCCCUCCUAAUAAGACUGAAUUAAUUCGAUUAGCUAACAAGGGCCUGGCACGACCUUUUCAUCACAAAGUUUUCAUUUAUAAUCAGUUCGCUACCAACUUUACUAGGUGGCAGAACACUGUUGACGAGAAUAAUGACGUUCAUGUUAGUCAUCCAGUUACCAAUUUCGAAUUCCUUUAUGAACCUUUUUACGUAGCCCCCGACACAGUUCCACCGCACGACGAACGAUUUAUCGGAUACGGAUACACAAGAAAUAGUCAAGUAUACGAGAUGUACGUGGCUGGUUACGAGUUUGUUGUGCUUUCACCAAUUUUCACUUGUCAUUGGGGUUUGCAGAUAAAGCACACUAGACCGCCGUGGCGGGAACACCAGAACAACAUGAACCGGAAACAAUUCGAUGGAUUCAAACGUGAAAUUUUUGCAAAAUACAACAAGGAUCCGUUGAACAUGAUGUCUUCUCAGAAAAAAAAGGGUGCACCUUAAAUAGAGUUUUAUUUAUUACUAUUUUUCGUACUGAUUUUACUUUAAAUUGUUGAUAUUUAAAUAUUAUUUCAAUAAAAUAUUAAGCAACGGUAUUUUUCAA